AUGGUCCCAAGUGAUGGCCUAUUGGACGUUCUAUGUGUGGACUACACGAAAUGCCUAACCUCAAUUCUCCAUUAUCCUCCACAUCUCGAACAUCUCGGAACCAGCGAAUGGAAAAAGAUCCUGGAUUCCUGCCUCAAAAUCAUCAAUGUGCAGAAUGAUGAGGAGAGUUCUCUACUGUCGUCAAGUGAGCGUCGGUCUACCCUUGAUGGAUAUCUCGCCAGUGAUCGAGGCUCAACUCCAUCGCGGAUGACUCCCACAUUACCUGUACGCGAGAGGUCCAAAGGCAAUCAAAGUGCUAUUGGCGAGGCUGUGACAUGUAUUCAACUGCUAACCACGUCUUCCAAUGCACCGAUUCAAGACCACUUCGACAAGGUCCUACGCUCACUAGCGAAGUUUCUGCGGCCAUACCAUAUCCCUGGCGCGACUCAUCAGGCUGCCAUCAGAAGUAUCAACUCUGUAGUCAUGAAGGUGAUGUUUGACCAAACUGAGUUUAUCCGGAUGUUUCUGUUGGAUUUGAUCCCUACAAUCCAGAACCUGUGGACAACCAAGUUAGCAGGCCUGAAGGAUGGACUACUUGUCACACUCAUGCUUUGCCUGAUUAUCUUGACCGAUACUGUCAAACGCGAACCAUCGGAGUCCUUGGCAAGCAUAAUUGAAAGCUUGACCGAUGUCAUCUUUUCAGAGUACACGAAGCGUCCCGAUAAGGAGAUCUUGCAAAUCGAUGAGGUGACUUUUUACCAGACCACAUCGGAUCACGGCGAGAGGUUUUCCGUAUGGCCUCGCCCUGAGAGCCCCAAAUCUGAACAUAACUGGACAACCAUAUGGAUAAUAUCGAAUCUCAUGAAGCUAUCGGAAGAGAUAGCUGCAUGUUUGGCACCACCACGUGUAGUGGGCGAGGAGUCAACGAAGAAACCGCGCCCAAAGUCGCUGAUAGAAGACGUGCAUCGUGACUCAGUUUUAGCUUCAGGGACUAGGAAACUAUGCGCCUUACAAAUGAUCCCAUUUGUCUCCGGUCAGAAUGUCAGUGUCGAGUCCAAAACGUCAUUGCUCCACCGCUUGAUCCCUAACAUUCUUGAUGAUAAUGGCAUGGUGUCCUCUUGGACAAUGAUAGCGAUAGCGAGCCUAGCUGGCAGUCCCGGGGUCGACUCUCAGGCCUUAAAGGCUCCUUGGCGGCAGAUUUGGGAUCUUGCCUCUCGCGCUUCUACCUCCCAGAUCACCUCGAGAGCUGCAUGCACUCUGAUGAAUUGUCUUCUUCAAUUUGAUCUCUUGGAAUAUUCAGAAGUUGCUGAAGUAACGACUUCCAUGCUAUCGUCCGUCAAUUUGAGCGGCCCUUCUACUCUCUCCGACGCGUCUUUGGCUCUGUGGGCAACGACAAUUCGUGGUAUUGCACAGACAAACCCCGGAUCAGUUCCAAACGCGGUCAACCAGAUAUGUGCAUGGUUACGACAGUCUUGGACGAUUGGCACUACAACGGACCGACUACAAACUGCCCAGGUUGCGACAUUUGCGCGUCCCCUAGAUCUCUUGAACACGAUCCUGGCGACUACCAAUCGGCCAUUUGAGAUGCCAAGAUCUCUUCUCAGAGGCCCCACGGGCCUAGUCGCCCAGGGCUGGUUAUUUUACUACAGGUCCAGACAACUGCUGAAUUAUGUGUUUGAUCUCAGGGGAUUGACUGAUUUUGUUGAGCCAUGGUUCCAAGCGGAAACAUUGUCCCUGGAUACUUUUACUCGGCAAGACCCUAACGAUAAUGUCGUGUUGGACCUACUGAAAGCGAAAUCAGAAGCAUUUCUGCAUGCUUGGCGAUCAUUGUCUGAAGACAAAUCGCAGAAUGUAACACUGGAUACAAUGCAGAUUCUUGUGUCAUUCUGCGUUCUCAUCGCCCUAUACACUCAAUGCCUUCCCAAAAAUUGUGCCUCUCGCCUUGAAAGUUUACAGGAAAAUACACACUAUCUGUGGGGAGGCUUAUGUUCAUUUCUCACUAAUCGUGACCAUGAUUUCAGCCAAGUUUUCCUGACACAAAUUUCUCCUUUGCUUGGCCCCGAUCUAUAUUCACCCGAGGCAAAGUCAGUAGUCAAGCAGGCGCUUUCGCAACUUGCACCUCCGUUGGCUCGUGUCCUUGAGACUCAUCGAAAAUCUCAGCAGGACACCUUAUUGGCUCAAGAUGAGGAGCCCAUGGAUUUGGACGACCCCUUGAUGAGUUCUGACGACAGACUAGCGGAAGCUAUGUGUAUCAUCAACAUGAAUCGAGAUGCGUCGUCGUUGAUUCGAGACUUUGCAACAUUUCAACGUUCUGUUACCAUCCAGUUGUCCGUUUUCGAGCGAAUACAUGGCUCUACACACAGCCCCGAGGACGAACCCAGUACCGGAUCCCUGGUAGACUAUCUAACGGACCUGGAUGCAGCCGAUCUUCUGUCCGCGCGUGCCUUUCUACCUCAUGUAUAUCGUGCAUGCUCUUGGCUUGACAGACCUUAUUUGCUUCGAUUACUCGAAGAUAUAGGCGAAAAAUGUCUCCGGGAAUACGAGCUUGAGCGUUGCGAAAAUGCCCACAUUCUCUGUAUCCACAUGAUGCACAGCUUUGUCAAAUCAUGGGCUAUCGGAGAGAGCGACGACCUGAGCGAUUCAGCUUCGGAUAUAUACACGUGGUUCAUAGAUGUGCUGUUAGCGAAAGGCCGGGCAUCCCCAGCUGUCCUUGCCGCAUUCGUCGACCUCUUAGGAGGACUUAUUAGCUGCAAUGCCUCUUAUGCAGUUGGCGAGUCUGAUCCGUCACCUAGGACUGGUCUUUUCAUGAUCCUCAAAGAAGGUGAUAUUUCUGUGAAAUUCGAUGCUGGAGCGCUUAUCCCAAAGCUGUUUAGCCAGUAUCCAUUAACAGACCACGACGCCAUCUUUGAUGAUGUGCUCGAGAGCCUUCCUAGAGAUCUCGAUUGGGUUGAAGGGAUUGCUCUGCGUCUAUUCAUCCUGGCCCAGUUGGCAUCUCAGUGGCACACUUUACUUCGGAGGAGUAUCUAUCAUAUGUUCGAGACUCCGGCUCAAGCUCCAGGCUCGCUCUGGUAUGCCAAGAAAUGUAUAUGCAGAGUAUCAGAGUCCCUCGGGCUCACUGAUCCUAAGGAACUCUUCCGACUCUUUUCUUCGCAGGUCCUUUACACCUGGAUGGAGACGCAAACGAUCACAUCCGUGCCAUUUAGCAUUUUCGGAUAUGAAAGUAUAGAAGAGAUGCUGAUCGAUGUCCAAGAUGAAAUUGUUGGACAGAUAAUGAUGCGUGCGAGGGAUGAUGAAGGUGUCGAACUUUCAAACCAUCUUGGAACGCCGUUCGUCGAGCUUCUAGGUCAAUCCUUUUAUAAAGCGGAAGCCUACAGCAUAGCACGAGAUCUCAGCACGCCUCCAGGACAGGGUAGCCAACCUAAAGGUGUGGAGAAUCGGAUGAAGAAAGCGCUGGGAACCGAUCGUUUCCUGCGUCUCAUCGACCAGCAAUUUCCACAAGCAGUAUCGACUUUUUUUGGGGCAUUGGAUCAACAUGAGCAGGUUGAGAGGGCUUUUUCAAAGCGGCCAAAUUUUAACGCGGCCCUUUCCAUCAUGAAAUGCAUCCUUGGGAAAAGCUCCUCAAACAUAGCGCUCCCCCCGAACCAACAGCCAUCGUUUAGAGCUCGUUUCCUUCUCGAUGAACUCGAAUUCCUAUGCAAGCGCAGUGGCUACGAGCUUGAGACGAUAUGGACCCCGGCUUUGGUAUCAUACAUAUGCCGAACCCUUUUGGAGUCAAUACAUCCCGCCCUUGGCUCCCUUCAUGCGUGCGCUGUUAUCCGGAAGAUCCGGAUUCUUGUCUGUGUAGCAGGCGAUGCUGUUCUAAGCGACUACCCUCUUGAAAUGAUGCUCAAUGCGCUUCACCCUUUUCUGACAGACCCGUAUUGCUCCGAAGACGCAUUGGGGAUAUUUUGGUAUCUAUUGGAAGCAGGCAAGGCUUAUUUGAUGGAGACUCCAGGCCUCAUGGCCGGAAUUGCUGUCUCUACCCUGCUGUCCUUGGGCAAAUUCCUCGCAUUUGCAGCAGACGAGAGCAAAAUCGACUCUCAGUCGAAAUCAGUAUCUGAAAAAUUGCGGGAAUUUUUACACUGGUUUGAAGAAUACCUUGAGACUUAUGAAUCAUCCACCUUGAAUGCAGAACAACAAGGGUUGUUUCGGCGCCUAGUGGCAUCUUCCAACAAGCGGUAUGCGACUGACCAAAUUGACGAGGACCGAACAGAGCGCGAUGUCUUGUUGGAAGUAUUAGUUGACAGAAUCUCAAAGAACAGCUUGCUGACCAAACCUGCCUCCAACCACAUCAUAAAGCUGUUAUGCACUGACUCCAUGCUGCCGGACGACUGGCAACUUGACGUUACCGGCAAUGAUGAAUACGCUAUUUCAAGUAGCGUUGCAAUCUGUCAAACGCUUCGAAAUUUCGAAACCGGGUCAAGAUACAGGCUCUGGGCUGCUAGGAUCAUCGGAAGAGCAUUUGCUGCUACUGGAACAAUUGGAGGGGAAUUGCUGAGGGAACAAGACCAAGCCCUAUUCAAAUACGCACAUUCUUCUAUGGCUGAGUUCAAUUUUUCGAAAGCCCGAAUAGUUGAGAUACUUUGUGACAUGCUUCAAAAGAGUACUCCCAGGGAAGUUGGCCUGGUUGAACGGACAUUGCAGCUUAUUGUCAGCAACCUUGAUAAAUACCCAGACUUUGCACCAUGCCGCGAAGUAAUACCAAGUUCUUUGAUGAAGGCACUUGCUUGGGCCCCUUAUCAAUGUCCCGCUCUUCCUCUACCAUCUGAGGCUAGGGGAUACUGUCCACGUCUUGCAUGGCACCCUCACCUUCCAUCGGCCCAUUGGGCCCGUGAAGUUGGACUAUACUUGUCAAAAGCAGCCACGGGAGAUCCUGUCGUUGGUGCCCUGAGCAAUCUUCUGUUUGCCAUGCCGGACCUCGCAGCCGACCUUCUGCCGUACAUACUCCAUGAUGUGCUUCUUGCAGAACUUCAUGGAGAGGCGCAGGUACGUCAGGAAAUAUCUGCCGUCUUCAAGCAAGCUUUGCGGGAAGUUGAUGACACUACGGUUCCCCAUGUCCGACUCAUCAUCAACUGCAUUCUGUAUCUGCGAAACCAGCCAAGACCGAAGGAAUCCACAAUCGUGCAGCGCGAUGAAUGGCUCGAUAUUGAUUUCGCGGAGGCUUCUCUGGCGGCUAAUAAAUGCUGCCUACCUAAGACUGCCCUGAUAUUGCUCGAGACUCAUACUUCUCGCGUGGCCCAUGGAGCACGCCGCUCCUCUGUUGUCAGAUACGAAGCGCCUCCAGAAAUGCUCCAUGAGAUCUUCAAGAAUAUAGAUGACCCAGACUUUUUCUAUGGUGUUCAGCAAAAUGCCUCACUGAGCUCGGUCAUGGAGACGCUUGAAAGGGAAAGUUCCGGCUUCAAGAACCUUCUGUUUCAGAGUGCACAUUAUGACAGCGACAUACAAAUGUUCGGCAAUGGUAAAGCUCUUGGUGUUCUCGGUGCUCUCAAUGCGGUCAAUCUACAGGGAGUUGCCAACUCCAUGUUUUCUAUGGCAGGCGGAGGAUCGAAAGAUACAUCGAGCUCGUUCGACAGCAUGUUGAAAGCUGCAACGAACCUACGCCAAUGGGAUGUCCCCGUCUCGCCGCUAAACCCUUCCCCGUCCGCAACGAUCUUCAGAGUUUUUCAAAGUCUGAACACAUCGAGCAUCCUGGAAGAUGCGAUGUCUUCUAUCGACGAAAGUCUCCUGUCUAUUUUGGACCUUGCGACAAGUAACAGUCGAUCGGCGAUGUCCUUGCGGACGACGAUGAGGGUUCUGGGCGUCAUGACGGAGAUAAGUGAUAUCUUACGCGUCAGGUCAGCUGAAGAAAUCGAAAGUGAAUGGCAGAAGAUUACAGUUAGAAACUCCUGGCUGAAGACUACCAGCGUCGACGAGGUCGGAGAAAUAUUGAAUAGCCAAGAGGCUCUGUUCUCAUCGAUCAAGCAAAGGGAUUAUCUGAAGUCUGCUAUGAAUCUGAGCGAUCGUGAUGCCCAGCUUCUUGAAGUGAAAGCAAUCCGCCAGUCGCUUGCCAUAACGAGAGACCAUGGCAUCGCACAAGCUUCGUUGAAGUCCGCCGUGUGUCUCUCUAAACUUUCAGAGCAAUGUUCCGCAUCAGGCAUCAAUGUCGAUGGAGCUGCUAAGUUCGACCUGGCCAACGUGUUGUGGGACCAAGGCGAGAUGACACCGUCGAUUCAAAUGCUUCGCCAACUGAGAGAACAGAACGAUCUCCACACCCAGGCAGUGCCGAUCAGUCGUGCAGAGCUUCUCGUAACUUUGGGUCACCAUGUGGCAGAGGCACGCCUGGAAAAGCCCGAGGCUAUAGUCCAGGAGUACCUGUCCCAGGCAGUCAAAGAAUUGCGAAACAGCUCAGCUGGAGAAGAGGCGGGGCGAGUUUACCAUGGGUUUGCAAUGUUUUGCGACCAGCAAUUACAGAAUCCGGAUGGUCUAGAAGACUUCAAAAGAGUGGAACAGCUCCGAAACCGCAAGGAGAAGGAGGUUCGUGCCCUCGAAGAUAUGAUGAAAUCUGCAGACGGGAAGGAGAGGGAUGCUCUGAGAUAUCACCGGACGAAAACAAAACAGUGGUUUGACCUGGAUGAUCGUGAAUAUCAACGUCUGCUGCGAAGUCGGGAGUCGUUCCUGCAGCAAUGCUUGGAGAACUAUCUGCUUUGCCUCAAGGAGAGUGAAGCAUACAACAAUGAUGCUCUGCGGUUCUGUGCCUUGUGGCUUGACAAGUCCGACAGCGACAUCGCGAAUCAAGCUGUCUCGAAAUAUCUCCACGAGGUGCCGAGUCGGAAAUUCGCCCCUCUGAUGAACCAGCUGAGCUCCCGCCUAUUGGAUACCUCUGAUGAAUUUCAGACAAUGCUCUUUGCCUUGAUAUCUCGCAUAUGUGUCGAGCACCCCUUCCAUGGGAUGUACCAGAUAUUUGCGAGCAGCAAGUCGAAAGGCAGCAAGGACGAAUCGGCCCUGUCACGCAACCGAGCAGCUGGGCGAUUAGUUGACGGCUUGAAGAACGACAAACGGAUCGGUCCAACUUGGGUUGCUGUCCACAACGCGAAUAUCAAUUAUGUGCGUUUUGCGAUCGACAGAUCCAUCGACAAACUGAAGAGCGGCGCCAAAGUCCCACUAAAGAAGUUGUCGGCCGGUCAGCGUCUCGAGCAAGAUGCGGCCACGCAACGACUGCCGCCUCCGACGAUGCAUAUAGAUAUUCGGGUCGAUUGCGAUUAUAGCGACAUCCCCAAGCUUGUUCGGUACCACCCUGAAUUCACCAUUGCGUCGGGUGUUAGCGCACCGAAAAUCGUCUCCGCGUGGGCCAGCAACGGUCAACGAUAUAAGCAAUUGUUCAAGGGAGGAAAUGAUGAUCUACGACAAGACGCAAUCAUGGAACAAGUUUUUGAACAGGUCAGCAGUUUGCUCAAAGACCACCAGGCAACGCGGCAACGAAACCUGGGCAUCCGCACGUACAAGGUGCUCCCCUUGACGUCCAAUGCUGGGAUCAUUGAGUUUGUUCCGCAUACCAUACCUCUGCACGAUUAUUUGAUGCCCGCGCACCAGAGGUACUAUCCCAAAGACAUGAAGCCGAACGUUUGCCGGAAGCAUAUCGCGGACGUUCAGACCCGGUCCUUUGAACAGCGAGUCAGGACCUACCGGCAGGUAGCGGAGCACUUCCACCCAGUCAUGCGGUACUUUUUCAUGGAGAAUUUCAAUAAUCCCGACGACUGGUUCGGCAGACGACUCUCGUAUACCCGCAGUACUGCAGCAAUCUCAAUCCUCGGACAUGUACUUGGCCUGGGAGACCGUCACGGCCAUAAUAUCCUCCUGGAUGAGCGGACUGGAGAGGUUGUACACAUUGAUCUGGGCGUGGCGUUCGAGCAGGGCCGAGUCUUACCUGUCCCUGAGGUCGUCCCGUUCCGUUUGACGCGCGACCUAGUUGAUGGGAUGGGAAUCACCAAGACGGAGGGUGUCUUCCGCCGCUGUUGCGAGUUCACCUUGGAGGCGCUGCGACAGGAGUCAUACAGCAUCAUGACGAUCCUUGACGUGCUGCGAUAUGAUCCGCUGUACAGCUGGACUGUAUCGCCGUUGCGGAUGAAGAAAAUGCAGGAUGCCUCGGAAGCCGGUGGUGGACCUCCUGUACUCCCGGGUGCUGUCGACAAACGUCAAACCAACGAGCCCAGCGAAGCUGACCGUGCCUUGACGGUGGUUGCGAAGAAGCUAAGCAAGACGCUGAGUGUUACUGCCACUGUCAACGAGCUGAUCCAGCAGGCCACGGACGAGAAGAAUCUUGCGGUGCUGUACUGUGGUAAGUCCCUUUUCUUGGUAUGCGAUAAAAGACUUGCAGGCUAA